UUACAAAUUUACAUAAAACAUGAACAAAAAGGAGAGAAUAAAUAAAUUCUAGGGUUUGAUCUUUUUUGUUCUACCCUUUCCUUCCCCAGAGUCUCUUACUGUAAUUUCUCUUACCUCUGAACCAAACAAACCAUAUUAGAAAGAAAACGCACAUUUAAUUUUCCUGAGAAACGAACGCUCCCAUAUAUUAUUAUCUGGGUGUCUUUCAUUUUUCUCUGUUGACCCCGAAAGUGGAGUUCUUUCAAAUGGACCCAGAUGAUGAAGGAGGCACUUCUGAUCUUAGCACAAGCGCUGGUGACGUUAAAGAAGAUAAUAUCAACAGAAAUAACAAUUACACCGAUAAUGGGGUCUCAAAGAUAUCUACAAUUGAUGAAACGGAGGCGUUUCAGCUUAUGCCGUUGAAGGAAGAGCCUAUUGAUUCCGACCCACCAUCUGACCCGGACCGUAGAACCCACCCACAUGGCCCACAACACCCUCCGCCGCAGCCGUCGGCUAUUGGGGUAGUCCCGAUGGCUAUGCAGAUGCCAAUGUCAAUUCCCAUGCCUAUGCCGGUGACUACAAGUAGACGUUCAUCCACCAAGGAUCGGCAUACAAAAGUCGAAGGCCGUGGCCGUAGGAUCCGAAUACCCGCUACUUGUGCUGCACGGAUUUUCCAGCUGACCCGUGAACUAGGCCACAAAUCAGACGGUGAAACCGUUAGGUGGCUUCUUGAACACGCGGAACAAGCCAUUAUUGAAGCCACCGGUACUGGAACUGUCCCCGCCAUCGCCGUUUCUGUUGGUGGGACCCUUAAAAUCCCUACAAGCACUAACGAUAGCAACAAUUCAUUAACAGAAACAACAAAGAAACGGAAACGGCCUUCAAACUCAGAGUUCUGCGAUAUAAGCGAAGUGACAGUCCCUGUUACACAAAGCUCCGGUCUCGCGCCAGUAACGCCGGCAACUCCAAUCGCCGCGACUGCAACCCCUCAAGGAUUAGUACCCGUAUGGGCCGUAAGCAGCGGAGGUAUGAUGGUACCCGCAAACGCUUUUUGGAUGAUUCCCCAAGCAGCUACACCAGCCGGAACUUCCGCAUUUGCGGCGGCGGCGGCUGGUGUUUCUGGGCCGUCGACUCAUCAGCAACAGCCUCAAAUAUGGGCAUUAUCACCGUCAAUAGCGCCGGUUUUCAACGUAGCAGCAGCAAGACCGAUAUCGUCCUUUGUGGCGGCAGCAGCCACAAAUGGUAAUAAUAAUCAAACAACGGGAGUUAACAUAGUGAAUAUACCGAGUGGCGUGGAGGUUAGGGCACCGCCAACGGUUGUGACAAGCACAAGUAUCGGAGCAAAGGUGGCGAAGAAAUCAACUAUGGCGCCAAGUGUAAGUUCUACUAACACUGGUAGUGGUAGCAGCGGGAAUAUCGGAGGAAAAGCUCAGAUGCUAAGGGAUUUUUCUUUAGAAAUAUACGAUAAGCAAGAAUUGCAGUUGAUGGGUCGCUCUGCUAGUAAUCAACAACACCAAGGUUCAAAAUCAUGAGAAAAAAAAAUAAUUAUAAUGAUAAUUAAUAAUAAUAAUCAGUGACUAUUGCAAACCCAUUUUUAGUUUUUUUUAAUUUUAUUUUUUGGGUUGUGAUCUGAUCUGUGUCUUUGACUGGAUAAUUCAGUGUUGUAGAAAUUGUUGGUCUAACUUUGUUGUUUCUUCU